AUGCUAACGAAACACAAGUAUACGACAAACCACAGGCGGAAGAUACAGAUCAACCGCACGCAGCGAGUGGAGCACUCAAGAGGGGCUGGCCAUGUGAUUAAGUGCCAGGCGGCUGUAGCAUGGGAGGCUGGGAAACACUUGUCAAUUGAGGAGGUGGAGGUAGCCCCACCGAAGGUCCACGAAAUCUUUGCGACGGGGGUGUGUCAAACGGAUGCCUACACUCUGCGCGGCAGCAACCCUGAGGGACUCUUCCCUGUCAUCCUGGGUCAUGAGGGCGCCGGGACAAUCGAGAGCGUGAGCGAGGGAGUCACCAAGUUCAAGCCAGGUGACACCGUCAUCCCAUUAUAUGUGCCACAGUGUGGUGAGUGCAAAUUCGGCAAAAACCCCAAGACCAACAUCUGCCAGAAGAUCAGGAUAAUCCAGGGCCGGGGUCUGAUGCCCGACAACACCUCACGGUUCACCUGCAAGGGCAAGCAGCUGUUUCACUUCAUGGGGACCAGCACCUUCUCCGAGUACACGGUGGUGUCCGACAUUUUGGUGGCCAAGGUGGAUGAGAAGGCCCCCCUGGACAAGGUGUGCUUGCUGGGCUGCGGCAUCUCCACGGGCUACGGAGCUGCCCUCAACACUGCCAAGGUUGAGCCUGGCUCCACCUGUGCUAUUUUUGGUCUGGGUGCCAUCGGCCUUGCCGUCAUCAUGGGCUGCAAAGUUGCUGGGGCAACCAGGAUCAUCGGUGUGGACAUCAACCCGGACACGUUUGACGUCGCCAAGGAGUUUGGAGCCACUGAGUUUGUGAACCCCAAAGACCACAGCAAACCUAUUCAGGAGGUACUAGUGGAGAUGACCGACGGAGGGGUGGACUACUCCUUUGAAUGCAUUGGCGACGUGGGAAUCAUGAGGGCGGCUCUGGAGGCGUGCAACAAAGGCUGGGGCAAGAGCAUCCUCAUCGGGUUGGCAUGCUGGAAGAGUGUGGAGAGUGUCCCCAAACUAGUGACCGACUACAUGAACAAGAAGCUGAAGGUGGAUGAGUUUGUGAACCACACCUUGCCCUUUGACCAGAUCAAUGAGGGCUUUGACCUCCUGCAUGCCGGAAAGAGACGUCGGGUCCGGGAGCCACUACAGGCUCUCACGCCUCAGCCGGCUCGUCGGGCUUUCAUGCCUCCACCAGAUCACCUGGCUCCCCUUUCUCAGCCAGCUCACCGGGCUUUCAUGCCUUUGCCGGAUCGUCAGGCUCUCAUGCCUCAGCCGGGAUCACCAGAUGGUAUCGAGCCCAUGUGGAAGGACGAGAGGAACAAGCGUGGUGGCAGGUGGCUCAUCACACUGUCCAAACAGGAGCGCAGGGCCGAACUCGACCACUUCUGUCUGUGA